AUGUUUGAUAUAGCAUUAUUUAAAGAUAUAGAAAAUAAAGGUUUAGAAAAUAGUAGAUUUAUUCAUCUGGAAGAGAAUAAAAAAAUAAAUUAUAAAGAAAAAGAAGAAUUAUUAGAAUUAACAAAAGAGUUACCUAAAUUAUACCAAAGAAAUGGAAAUGAAGUAAUAUCAAAAUUAAUAACUAAUUAUAUUGAAAGAUAUCCAAAAUCAAUAGAAGGUUAUGAAUGUUUUAGUAAAUUUUAUUUGAAGAUAAAAAAUUAUAAAUCAGCAUUAAAUUUAAUAUAUGCAGCAUUAUAUAUUGAUAAGGAAAAUAGAAUAUUAAUCAACUUAUUAAAAAAAUGUGAAGAAAACAUAAUUUCAAAAGCAUGUAAAAUACCCAUAAAAUAUAAAAGUUGGAUAUGCUAUGAUGAAAGUAGAUUAUAUAAAGAAGAAAAAUAUAAUAACAAUAAUAAUUUUACAAACGAAUAUUUAUAUAGUAAGAAAUUGCAAAUUAUCAAACAUGGACAAUAUUAUGUAGCUUUAGCUAAAAAGAAUUUAAUACCAGGAGAAGUUAUAUUUCAAACGAAACCAUUUAUAUUAACACAGUAUGUUUUAUCUGAAAAUUUUACAUAUUCUACUUGUUAUCACUGUUUAAAGGAAAGAAAUAUUGCUCAUAAAAGUUAUUCUUGUCCUAUUAAUCCACAUUCGUGCCCAUUUAUUUUUUGCAAUUGGAAGUGUCUUAUUAAUAAUAUAAAUAUUCAUAAAAUAGAAUGUAGCAUUUUACCAAUAAUAUCUGCAGCAGCUAAAGAAUCAAAUUUAAUGUAUUACACUGUUCUUCAUAUUUUUCGCUUAUUAAUAAAAGCAAAAAUAGAUAAAGAAUAUAAAGAUAAAGAACACAGUAUAUUAAAUGAUAUAUUUAGUGUAGAAUCCUAUUAUGAUUCAGUUAAAGAAAGUCAAAAAGAAGUAUUUGAAUCAUUUAAUACGUUAGCAAAUAGAAUAAUAUUAGAAUUUCAUCCAUCUUUUUAUUUACAUUUAAAACAAAAAGAACUAGUAGAACUAAUGUUAAUUUUGUGGCAGUACUCUCCUUUUAUUAAAUAUUAUUCUCCAUCUUCAAUAAUUCAACAAGCAAAUCCUGAAACUACAUUUGGAUUAGCUUACUGUCCAUUAUUAGCCAAAUUACAUCACAGUUGUGUUCCUACAUGCAGUUUUUAUUAUGAUGAAAAUGGUAAUCUAACUAUUAGAUCUUUAUAUAAUAUACCGGAAGGAGGGAAAUUAUGCAUAAGUAUUUUAUCAGAUCAGUAUUUACCUCUUAAAAUAAGAAAAAAUUUUAAAGGAAUGCCAAGAGUUUUUGGUUGUGGUUGUAGUAGAUGUUCAGACCCAACUGAAAACAAUUUGCAUUUAAGAAGUAUGAAAUGCCCCAGAUGUAUAGUAGGAUAUAUAUAUCCUAUUAAAACAGAAGCAUUAAUUGAAGCGUUAAAAUUAUAUAGAUUUGAUAAACAAAAAGAAAAAAAACAAAAAAAAAAUAUUUCUUUGAAAAAUAGUCAAAUUUCAAACGAAGAAACGGACUUAUUAAAAGAAAUAAAUAUAGAAAAUCAUAAUGAAAAUGAAAUCGAAAAUGAAAAAAAAAAAAAAAAAAAAGUUAAUUCAAAAAUGGAUACUUCAUUAUAUUACAAUACUGAUAUAUUUAAUGAAAAAGAAAAAAAUAUACUAAAAAAAUUAGAGAAAGAAAUUGAAAGGUGGUUAUGUUCUAAUUGUGGUAAACUAUCUUUUUCAGGGAAUAAAAGAUGCAUAAAAUUAGAAAAUAGAGCUUAUUUAUUAUAUAAUGAAGCAGAAAAAAAUUACAUAAACGGAAAUAUAAUUCUUGCAAGAAAGCAACUUUUACUUUUAUACAAAGAAUUUUGUUAUUUAUUACAUCCAAAUCACUAUAUUAUAUUUAAUACUAAUGUUUUAUUAGCAGGAUUACUAAGAUAUGAACCUAAUAAACAAUUGUUUGAUUCUUUAAUUUAUUUAAGAAAAGCAAUCAUAGCAGCAGAAGAAGUUCUUCCGGUUUGUUCAUUAGAAAAAGUACACCUAUAUUUACAUCUCUCUGAAUAUACUUACAGCUGUUCUAAUUUAUAUAAAUUAUACAAUAAAGGCUCAGGUAUUUCAUCUACAUAUGUUAUAGAUCCUUUGUAUACCGCUAUAUGGAAUUCAUGUGUAAUUACAGGCUAUAAUUCUACACUAACUGUUGUAUUAAUGCAACGGCUCAGAAAUUUUGCGGUUUCAUUGAAUAUUUUUACGCCUUACAAAGAUAUAGAAUUUCACAUAAAUAGAAAGGAAGAGUUCUGUGAUUUUUAUUAUAAAGUGACGCAAAAAAAAAAUGAUCCAUUUAAGAAUAUAAAAAAAGUAGUUGACGAAGAUUAUUUUUAUCCCAUUUAUAUGGCUUCUCAGUGUUUUGACUUAGAUUUAGAAAAAAAUAAAUAUUAUAUGAAUAUUUUCAAAAGUUUUAGAAAAAUUCAAUAUUUCGGAAAUGGGCUAACUGCAUUAUGUUUAGCCGCUAGCUGUGGUAAUGUAAACUUAGUUAAAGCAUUAUUAAAAUUAAAUUAUUCUAUCUUUUUUAAAAAUGAACUAAAUAUGAAUGUUCUUUUAUAUAUGGCUAGCUCUUUUUUGCCAGAUGAACAAAUAAGUUAUCAUUCGAAUUAUUAUUACACUCUUCUAAAAGAAAUAGAAUUUCAGAAUGUCAAUUUCGAUAAUUUUGAAAAGGAUUAUUAUAAUUCUCUUAAUAUUUUUUCAACAAAAAAAACAACAUUGUUAUUAAAAAAUGGAGACAAUUAUAUGGAUUCUUAUAAUCAAAAAAAUUAUAUGGAGAAAACAUUUCAUUUUGACAUAGUGUUGGAUGAAGAAUUUAUAUAUGGUGAAAAAAGUAAAGAAUUAGAUACUAAUCAAGCAACUAUUCUAAUAAUGUUUUUAAGACAUUUAGAUGAAUUACAGUUAAAAAAAAAAAAAAAAUAUAAGCAGCAAAUGGAUAUGAAAAAAAGAACGAACUUUUCUGAAAAUCAAUCAGUUUUUAAAGAAAAUAGUCAUAUUGAUAAUAAGCAUAGCCACCUUAUGAAAACCUUAAGAAAAACAGGAAAUUCUAUGAAAACAUCAUCAGAAAACAGUGAAAAUGAGAAAAUGAUGAACCAUGAAAUUAUAAAUAAAAAUGAAAAUUUCAGUAGUAAUCAAUUAAAUAAUGUCAAUUUAGAUAACAGUUCAUUCAUUGAUGAUUCAAGAUAUGUAAAUUUAGAUGAUAUUAACAUAACUGACAAAGAUUCAAUUGAUAAUAAUAUUAUUAGUAAAAAAUUAAUUGAUACCAAUUUAAAUGAUGAUAAGAAUUAUUCUGAUUCUGAUAAAGAUACUUAUAAUAGUAGUUUUGAUUCAAGAAAUUCAGAAGAUAUAUUAAAUAAUAAAGUUAAUAAUUACUUUGCUCAAAAAUUAUUAACAAAGUCUGUUUCACAUAAAUUAUUAGGUUUAAAUAAUUCCUUGCAUUAUGCAUGUGCAAGAGGAAAAAGAGAACUAGCUAAACAGUUAAUAAUAAGUGGGUUAUCUGUAAUGUUGUUAAAUGAUGAAGGAAGUACACCUUUGCAUAUAGCUUCUUUUAAUGGACACAACGAAAUAGUUAAAACUUUAAUUAAAUAUAAAAGUGAUGUAAAUUCUAUAACAUCUCAUGGUGAAACUUCUCUAAUGUUAGCUACUUAUGGUUUACAUUAUGAAGUAAUUAAAACUUUGGUUGAAAAUGGUGCAAAAAUAAUUAUAAAAAAUAAUCACAAUGUUACAAUAUUACAUUGCUUAGUAUAUGGAUUAUUAAGAACGCACACAAUUUAUUAUAAAAACAAGUCAUGUAAAGAUGAUAUUUCUUCUCUUGCUAUACAGGGUUUUAAUGAAUUAAAUUCUUCUAAAUAUUAUACACAAGGUCCAACAUAUUUAAAUAUAAAUUUUCUUACAGAACAUAUUCCUAUAAUAGAACAAUUAUCGCAUGAUUUUUUUCUUCUUCCUUUUAAAUUAUUACAUAGAAUAAAAAAAGCAAUAAUUAUUUUAAAAUACUUAAUGGCACAUUGUCCUAUAUAUUUAUAUGAAGUGAAGAAUUCAAACGGAUAUAAUCCUUAUGAAUUGUUAAAAGCAAUUUGGAAAAAAUUAUCUGAAAAAAGAGUUGAAAUUUUAAGUGUUUCAGAUUUAAGAAUUUCAUCAUUUAGUGAAAAACAAAAAAAUGUUGUAUUUCAAGCAUGGUCACUUAUAACUUCUCUAGUUAAUAUGAUUUUAUCAAUUCUGCAGCCGGAUAGAUCUAUUUUAACUUCCAUUUAUAAAAAGUUUAUCCACUUAGAUGAAAAUAGUAAAUAUUCUUCAAAUGAGUUUGAGUUAGAACAAAAAGUAAAAAAUGAACAAAACAAAACAAAUUCAAAAGAAAAUACAAAUAUUUUAGAAAAAAAUACAAAUAUUUCAAAAGAAAAUACAAAUAUUUCAAAAGAAAAUACAAAUAUUUCAAAAGAAAAUGCAACUAUUUCAAAAGAAAAUGCAACUAUUUCAAAAGAAAAUACAAAUGUUUUGAAGAAAAAUACAAAUAUUUUAAAAAAAAAUACAAAUAUUUUAAAAAAAAAUACAAGUGUUUUAAAGGAAAAUACAAAUAUUUCAAAGGAAAAUACAAAUAUUUCAAAGGAAAAUACAAAUAAUUCAAAAGAAAAUGCAACUAUUUCAAAAGAAAAUACAAAUAACACAAAAGAAAAUACAAAUGUAUCAAAAGAAAAUGCAAAUAAUUCAAAAGAAAAUACAAAUGUUUCAAAAAAAGUAUUUUCGUUAAAAAAGGCAUUAUUUAAAAUAAAACCACCAAUGCCAAAACAAAAGUAA